AUGGCCGACCCCGUAUCCAAGCGCCUUCGCGCGCGCGCAACAAUAAAGACCAACGGACCCGAUGCGCUUGAUGAGACCCUCAAUCGACUCUCCAAGAAGCCCGGCGUAAAAGCCGUUGUCAUCCUCGACCGAGUCACAGGCGCGAUACUCCGCACCACCGGACAGCUGUCCUUCAAUGCCUCGGCGCUACCGAGCUCGGGCUCCUUCUCAGGCGAAGGGGCUGCCGCACAACAGCAACAGCAGAACGGCGAAGGUGGCAGCGAACAACCGCAGGGUCUUGAGGACUUUGCGGCUAAGGUGUGGAACUGGGUUAAUGCGUCAGGCACGCUGGUGCUGGACCUGGAUACAGAGGACGAACUCAAGCUGCUGAGGCUACGAACGAAGAAGCAAGAACUGGUCAUUGUACCGGAUCCAAAAUACCUCCUUAUCGUGGUCCACGACACACCGCCUGCUUGA